CACCGUACCAGAAAAAAAAUUAACUUUAUAAAUAAUCUUUCUUGAUUAUUCCAUUUAAUGUGUUUCUUUCUCUUUGGAGCAUUAAAUGGAUUCUGAUUAUUCUCUCUCUCGCUUCCUUAUCUAACUUUUCUUCUCCGUUUGGUGCUACGUCAGCUUUUCCGACAAUACGUCAUCUCUACGGCGUCUCUGAGCCAUCUCAACGAUUCUCUGCACUAUGACUCAUCUUCGUACCUUUUAAGUUUAAACCUCUGUUUGAUUCAAGAUCAUCUUACUCACUGUUGCUUGAUAUUGUCAUCAUCUGGUGUAAUUAAAGAAUGGGGCAUUUUUCGUCCAUGUUCAGUGGAUUAGCUCGAUCCUUUUCGAUCAAGAAAGUGAAGAACAACAAUGGAACUUGCGACGCUAAGGAAGCUGCUGAUGAGAUGGUGAAAGAUGCAAAAAAGAAGGAGAUGAUUCUGAAAUCAUGUGGUUACGUUUAUGCAGAAGGUUCUAAUAACUCGGCCUCUGUUUUCUCUAAACGCGGUGAAAAAGGCGUUAACCAGGACUGUGCCAUCGUUUGGGAGGGAUUUGGGUGCCAAGAAGACAUGAUAUUCUGCGGGAUAUUCGAUGGACAUGGUCCAUGGGGUCACUAUGUAGCCAAACAUGUAAGAAACUCAAUGCCUUCGUCGCUUCUAUGCAACUGGCAAAAGACUCUUGCUCAAACCGCACUACUAGAGCCCGAGCUAGACCUUGAAGGCUCCAAUAAAAAAUUCUCGAGAUUCGACAUAUGGAAACAUUCAUAUCUCAAGACAUGCGCAUCGGUUGAUCAAGAGCUUGAACAUCACCGCAAGAUCGAUUCUUACAACAGCGGCACAACCGCUAUAACCAUUGUCAGACAGGGUGAUGUUAUUUAUGUAUCAAACGUAGGCGAUUCACGAGCAGUACUAGCCACGAGUUCGGAUGAAGGUAGCAUGGUUGCUAUUCAGCUCACCCUUGAUUUCAAACCGAAUCUGCCUCAGGAGAAGGAGAGAAUUAUCGGAUGCAAUGGGCGGGUUUUCUGUAUGAAAGAUGAGCCAGGAGUCCAUCGUGUAUGGCAACCAGACACAGAAGCACCGGGUUUGGCUAUGUCAAGAGCGUUCGGAGACUAUUGUAUCAAAGAGUAUGGAUUGGUCUCGGUCCCUGAAGUCACUCAAAGGCAUAUCUCUGCUAAAGACCACUUUAUCAUCUUGGCUAGUGAUGGGAUAUGGGAUGUGAUCACAAACCAAGAAGCUAUAGAGAUCGUUUCUUCGACCGCUGAGCGGCCUAAGGCGGCUAAGCGAUUAGUGGAGCAAGCGGUUCGGGCUUGGAAGAAGAAGAGACGAGGUAUUGCAAUGGACGAUAUGUCCGUGGUCUGCCUCUUCCUCCAUUCCUCUUCAUCAUCGCCAUCUCUCUCACAACAUGUUCAACAUGCCACGACUUUUAAGUAAAAAGUUGCGUUUGUAAAUAGAUCAGCGAUAGCUCUCCGUUUGUAACAUUGAUUUUGAAAUUCGAAAUGCAGUUUUUUUGUCCCA